UGGCGGAAGGUCGGCGUAUACGCUCCGGCAUGGCGCAGAUGAAGGAAGCAGCGACCCCGGCCAAAUAAAAGGGAGCGCAGGGCGCGUGGCAGUAGCGACGGGCGCGGGGCGCAGGAAGGUUGUGGUCGGGGCAGGGCUCGGAGGUGGGUUGUGGGAGCGCGCGGGGUCGGCGGCGACGCGAAUCGAACCCCAGCGACCGCGCUUGGGGACGGUGGCUCCGACCUCCCUUGCGUCCCGCAUCGCCGGACGGGAGGGUCCGCGGGAGGAUGUCGGCGGCGCUGCAUGCGAGCCACGGCAGGAGGGUGGCGGCGGGGUUGCGGGGGAGGACGACGGCGAAAGGGGAUCGGGACGGGCCGGUCUGUCGCUCUGUUUUCCUUUUUUCUGGAUCUCGGAAACAUCGGUUGGCUCCUAUACAGGCACAAGAGUGGAGAAAAGAAAAAAAUGAUAUCCACCCACCCCCGACCACUACCUCCACGACCCCCAGCAGCCCAUCCCCACCCGAUCCCCUCCUUCCCCGCCCCCUCCAUGACCGCCGCCGCCCCCUGGUGCGGGCGCACCUCCCGCCGCCGGCCACCCCCACCCUGGAGCACACGAACGCAGUCGGUUGCCACGCUACCUCCCGCUCCACCCUCCGCUACGGCGGCCGCCUGCUGCCUUCUAUCUCCGCGCACGCACCGCCCUCCUCGCAUGGAUCCACCCCUUGUGCCACCCGAUCCUGGGUCCGGUCGCUGCGCCGCCCUUGGAUCCGGCCGCCGUGCUGCCCCCGCGACCGGAUCCAGCCGCCGUCAACACACGCUGCCACCUCCUACUGCUGCCCGCCAUCAGUCGACUUUCGAUGCUGGUGAGCUAGAAGGUGCAAGUAGGAAGCUACCCGUGCAUAAACAAUGGAGAUUUUUUUGCAAAAAAAGGGGUUGUCCGUUCUAGUCGAAGUAGACCAAGCUAUGGAAGAACAGGGUCUCACUUGUGUGUGCUUUUUAGUUCAUCUUCUAUGGAUGAUUGUACCGCUGUUGUUGAUUUGUUGGUGACAUGUGAUGUAUUUGCUUGAUGUAAUGCCUGAGAACAAAGUUCUGCUAUGCCUGAGAA